AUGGCUACUGACUACAAAUUCGAGGGUUGGGUGGCAGAUGAUCCCUCUUCCGUGGACGGGAAGAUGGUCUGGCGAGAGUACGAGCCAAAGGUCUGGGAGGAGACGGACGUCGAUAUCAAAAUCACUCACUCGGGUAUUUGCGGCUCAGAUAUUCACACGCUGCGCGCUGGCUGGGGUGCCACCAGAUUUCCUUGCGUCGUCGGCCAUGAGAUUGUCGGUGUGGCUGUCCGUGUUGGAUCUCAGGCAGGCGAUAUCAAAGUCGGCGACGUCGUCGGCGUAGGUGCCCAGUCCGACUCAUGCCUGUCUCGUGACGGCCCUUGCGAUGCGUGCGAGGUCGGCGAGGAGAACUACUGCGCCAAGCGCAUCAACACCUACAACAGUCUUCACCGAAAUGGAAGUAAGACGCAGGGAGGCUAUGCGCUGUACCAUCGCUGCCCCAGCUACUUUGUCAUCAAAAUUCCGAAGGGCAUCGCACCAGAGCAAGCCGCCCCCAUUCUGUGUGGCGGUGUGACCGUCUUUUCACCUCUGAAGCGCUACAAUGUCGGGCCCGGCAAGAGGGUUGGCGUCAUUGGCGUCGGCGGUCUCGGUCAUUGUGCAGUCUUGUUUGCAAAGGCUCUCGGCGCGGACAAGGUGGUGGCCAUCUCGAGAAAGUCUGAUAAGAAGCAAGAUGCCUUACAGCUUGGUGCGAACGACGUCAUCGCCACUGCUGAGGACGAGGAAUGGGCCACGAAGAAUGCCGGCACUCUUGACGUGAUCAUUUCAACGGUUGCGUCUCCCAAGAUGCCUCUGGGCCAGUACCUCGGUCUCCUUUCGCGAGGUGGCACCCUUGUGCAAGUCGGUGCUCCCGAAGAGCCGGUGCCCUUGAGCCCAUUUGCUCUCAUCAGAUCUAGAGUGCAUCUGACCGGGUCGGUCAUUGGUAGCCCCGGGGAAAUUCGAGAAAUGUUCGACCUUGUCGCUGCAAAGGGAGUGAAGGUCUGGGUUGAGACACGCCCAAUGAAGGAGGCCAACCAGGCAGUUUUGGACAUGGUUGAGGGAAAGCCUAGAUACCGAUAUGUCUUGACAAACUGA